GGAGUGAGUGGUACUGCACUCACACCUCACCUCCACGCUACUGUUGUGUUGCCCGAACAGUACUACAACAUCCCCGUCAGUGUUCACGUGAGAUGCGUCACCAAGACGCCCCUUGUCGUGCCUGUACUACUGUAGACAUCCUGAGGAGAGGCGUGAGGAGUGUUGCUGGAUUCCUUUUACCGCUUCCUGUCACCCAAGAUUCCCUCAAGGCCCCGUGGAAGUCCCAGGAACGUACCGGAGACUCAGGUACAUCGUGGAGUAGGAAGAUGGGCUCAACACGUCCUGCCAAAGGGUUUGGGUGUGGCCGGGGCGGCGGAGGGUUCAUCUAUGGUGGGUUCAAGGGCGCCGUGGUAGUGCCGAAAGGGAUGUCAUCCUCACGACCCCGAGGAUGCUCACAGUCUUCUUUGGGCUUUCCUCCGUCUCAGUCAUCGUCAGUAUCCUCCUUAGGACAGGUGCCGUUGGAAAAUCCACACCUCCGACACCGUAUUACUUCAGCACAGUCCUCAUACUCCUUGGCGCAGUCAUCGUCAACACACUCUCUCGCGCAGUCCUCCUCAGCUUACUCCCUGGCGCAGUUAUCGUCAACACACUCUCUCGCGCAGUCCUCCUCAACUUACUCCCUGGCGCAGUCAUCGUCAGCAUCAUCGCUGGCGUCCUCAUCAACGAUACAGUCUUCAGUGCCGCCGUUAGCUCCUUCAUAUUCUACCCAUUCCAUGGCACCGUCACCAAGAAUACCUUCAUCCUUAGUGCCACCGUCGGGCUAUCCGUCGUCGGCAACACACUCUCUGCCGCCACCGGUGGGAGGAUACUCCAUCGCACCCUCAACGUCGAAACAGUCUUUGGUGUCCACACAUUCCAGAGUACCAUCACCAUGUGGACAUUCCUCAUCCUCUGUGGACUCCCUUACACCGUUACCCUCACAAAGAUCCAGGUUGUCCCCUUGUGUUCCUCGCGAGGGGCCGCCACUACACACAGGGUUAUCUUCUGCUUUCUCAUCUCCGUUUCUGCCCCUCACAAGGAGUGCCUCCAACCUAACCCGAGGCUGGCGAGAUUUCAAACAACACGUUCUAAGGGAGAGAAAACAAGACACCAGACCAAAUCAAGGUACCAAAGACUCAGCCUUAUCUCAAGGUACCAAAGACUCAGCUUUAUCUCAAGGAACCAAAGACUCAGCCUUAUCUCAAGGUACCAAAGACUCAACCUUAUCUCAAGGUACCAAAGACUCAACCUUAUCUCAAGGUACCAAAGACUCAGCCUUAUCUCAAGGUACCAAAGACUCAACCUUAUCUCAAGGUACCAAAGACUCAACCUUAUCUCAAGGUACCAAAGACUCAACCUUAUCUCAAGGUACCAAAGACUCAACCUUAUCUCAAGGUACCAACGGUGAAAAGGAAAACAAAAAUCCUUCUGUGUUCAACAAGAAAAAAAGUAAACUCAAGGAGCGACGGGACCGCCUACGACGGUUCACCACCAGCGUCCUGCCGUCACAGCUGAAGGGCCUCGUGCAGCAGAGUUCCAGCACCGGUGAUUCUCGCUCUCACCAUCAUAUAACUGACGGUGUUGACGCAAGAGCAAGAAAAAUGCAGCGUCUUAGUGAUUUGCCAGACGAACCCGAGGCUCCUCAAGUGAACCGUACAAGAUCUGACGUCAGCCAUAGUAAUAAAGUGAGUCAAGUAGAGCUUAAUAACUGCACUGUUCCGGCCAGUUUGCACUCGGCCAACCCAGCACCCCCCAAACCCCCCAGGACAUAUAUUAAGGAAGUGUCGACCACGCCAUCAACAUUUCGUCACUCUAGAAGCAACAGUGUGCCUGGUCAACCAUUCGCCCAACAAAUAUUCAACUUGCAGGAGGAUCUUGUGUCAAGUACCAUCAAGAAGAAGCCUAUGCCCGCCCCCAGAUCGGUCUUCCCUACCUUCCUCACGCCCCUCAGUAGGAAGAGGUGUCCUAAUUCCUCCACCCAGGUAAACACCGCUGUUAAAACCAGUGUUGAAGACGCUGCCAUUCACUGCUCAACCCCUGUCACGUUGCCAAAGAACUCUGCUCAGUACUCGGGGCAGAAAAGUGAAGAAGUUAAAAGAGCAAGAAAACUGAAUCUGAGGAGAGAAUCAAAUGGUAAACAAGUGUACUAUUUCGACUCCUCUUUGGACGCCUCCUACACCAGUCACAAGUGUUAUCUGACGUCCUCGGGGGCCCUGGACGACUCCUUCACGUCCUUCAGCGGCCCCGCGCAGGAUCGGGAGGACAUACCGUGGAUCACCACACCGCCUCAGUGUAAAUUGAAGCCUUCCCGAUCCUUGUGUAACGUGAACCUUGGCGGAGCAGAUCCACGGAGUACGUGGGCCGUCCUUCGCUCUCUUACGUCACACACCCACAACAAGGUGAGGCGGCGCAUUACAGUUGUAGGGUAG